AUGAGCGUCACAACAAAGCAGAUGGUUAAGCCGACUGUUGUCGUGCACCGUUACUUAAAAGAGAGUCAACGUGUGUGUGUGUGGCUUGUGCACGAAACUAAGAUGAAGAUCGAGGGCGUUUUGUUGGGUUACGAUGAGUUUAUGAAUGUCGUGUUGGGCGACGCGACGGAGGUGCAUCUCAAAACCGGAGAGGUUGUUCAAUUAGGGAAGAUCCUUCUUCGCAGUGAUAAUGUGGGUGUCAUUCACCCUAUUGGCAUAUAG